UUUUGCCACUUAAUGAAGAAAGUAUUUUUGAAAAUAUCUCAUUAGUGGUGAUAAAAAUGAAAAGUGGUACCAUGAAAAUGGUAAACAUGUAAUUUACCCAAAAUAAAAUGCUUCAUGGAUCAUCUACAACAAAUUAUUUUUCUUUCUUUAUUUUUUGUUUUUGGAGGAAGGAUCAUAUAUUUGGAUCAUAACAGUUGACAAUAUCUAAUUCAGAUUUGUAUCUGUUAUAUUCCGUAACUGAAAGUCAGAGUGUUUUGACUUUCACAAAAAGGGUUGACAUGUUACAAAAUAGUCAGCAUUCAAAUAUAAGUAGAAAUAGAAUAAAACUUUUAAGUUAUUGACUUUUGAUUUGACUGAAACUUCGGUUUCAUCAACACAUCAGAAAAAAUGUAGUAUCCAUCUAGUAUAAAUACGAGUGAAAUACAUCAUUUUUUAUCAACACAAAACAAGGCUAUUACAAAUCUAAAAAUAAAGAUUAACAAUGGCCAGUGUGAAAGUUUUUUCUUUUGCUUUGUUUCUUGUCCUCCUUUUCUCCGUUGAUGUUGAAGGAUAUGUGUUAGAAAGUACAUCCUUGUGUUGCAAUACCCACCCAGAAUUUGGGAGGUGCAUCCCAAACCUUGACACAAGAAGAUGCAACAGUUGGUGUCUUAAGGGAUGUGACAAUAAAAAAGGUGGUUUCUGCAAACGUAUUAACGGAGGACAAUGCCAUUGUUAUUGUUAAGAAUCUCUCAAAACCAUGUAAAACAUGCAUGACCAUUUGAUUAUUUCGUUUAUGUUGCCGUUUUACUACUUUUGUAUGAUUUAUGAAAUUAUGAUAUUUGUACGAAAGAGAGAAAAAGAUCUUCAACUAUCAUUUGCUUU